UUGGAGUACGGAAAGUGAACACUUUUUUUUAUUUUACUGAAUUUUACAAAAUAUAAAAAAAGGAAAAUACGUAGAGAGAGAAAAUAAAAUCUAGAGAGAGAGGGGGGAGGUUUUGCCCACAUUUUAGGAGUGAGAAAAUCUAGUGAAAUGGAGGAGGAAAAAUAGAGAGGUAAAUUUUUUUACUUAUUUUUUAUUUUUGUUUAUGGGUGAGAGGUUGGAUUCUGUUAUUUCCAUUUCAAGAUUUUUUGUCAGAUCAUCGAGAGAGAAAGAAAAAAAAAAGAAAAACCUAGAGAUAAAAAAUUGAAAUAAUGUAAUUUGUUGUUGUAUAUUGAUCUAUAUUUUCAUGUAUAUUUUGUGAAUAUUAUUUUUUUGCUGUAGAAAAACAAAGAGGAUAUUUGAAGUAGAAAUUGGGGGAUUGAGAUUGAAAUUGGAAUCGAAAACCUUUCCCAGCGGUUACAAAGGGAGGGGGAAUCCAGAGAGAGAGAUAGAGAGAAAGAGAGGAAUUAGUUUAAUGUUCAAUUUGCAUUGUGAUCGUUUGCUUUCGCGAUGGCGGCGGCGAAAGCAGCUGCUAUUGUGGUGAGGCGGAAGGAGCGGCCUGUUGAGGAGCUUUCCAAUGCCACCGAGAUAAUCUAUGAACCAGAGAUCACACCUGUUUUGAGACGGAUUUAUUACAUGCAAGGGCCAGUGGAUGAGAUGGAUCAGAGUAUUCAGAAGCAUAUGGUACCAUCAAAAACCGUAAAGAGAUUAAUUAGGCAUUACAUGAGUCAAAAGAUUCUUACAAAAGCAGAAUCUGGAACCGCCAGCGUGUGCUCUGCUCCUUGUUCAUCUUGUAUGCACCUUAGUGUAGCUCAAAUGGGAUCGAAGAGUGAUGAGUUUUCUGAUGAAACUGAUCGUGUUGCUGUGGCAAGUCAGUACUCUAUCAAUGAGGAUAAAGAAAGUGAAAGAUUACAGCAUAGCCCCUGUAGAGCAAGCAAUUUACUCAGUGUCAAUUCAAGUGAUGAUUCUUACUCUGAAAAUAUAGAAAGUAAAGCAACUGUACAGCCAUCCAAUGUAUCUGAUGUGUCAGAAGAUGUUGGGAUUCAGAGAACCUUCUCUAAUAAGUAUGAUGGUUUCAAAGGUGUUGAAGGCCAUAAUGAUAAUAUUUCAUGUGCUAGUAGAGCCAUUGAUGCAAAUGUAGGUUUCAGUUAUUGUAAUAAGGAUUUAGACAGUAAGAAUUCAUCUCGUAGUUCAGUGUCUAUUUGUAGUUUAGGAUCUGGAAAGGUGCCCUCCUCGCAGAAUCUAGGCUUGUCAGAACUUCCUUCUAUAAAGGAGGUAGAUGCUGGCAGUAGUUCACUGAGGAUCCAAAGACCACAUUCUCCUUCUCAAAGUGGCAAGAGUGCUGUUGGAGGCAGUUCUGAGAUUCCCAAAAUCCAUCCAAAGUCAGAAGCAGAUAUUGACAACGAUAGUGGGGACCCACUGGAUAAAGCUGGUAAAAGUUUGAAGGAAGAUGAGCAAGAUGAGUCGAAUGAGUUGGUUAAGUUACCUGACAAGCAGGAUUCUCCUUUGCAAACAGUUUCUGGAGAUGAGAGCCAUGAAUCUGAUGCCAUAGAACAUGAUGUUAAGGUAUGUGAUAUUUGUGGGGAUGCAGGACGAGAAGAUUUGCUUGCUACAUGUAGCAAAUGCGCUGAUGGUGCAGAGCACAUUUACUGUAUGCGAGAAAUGAUUCAAAAAGUUCCUGAAGGUGAUUGGCUUUGUGAAGAAUGUAAGCUGGCUGAGGAAACUGAAAGCCAAAAGCAAGGUUUGGAUGCUGAGGGAACAAAGGCAAAAAAACCUAGCUCAAGUACACAAAGCUUGGGUAAGAGACAUUCAGAAAAUCUGGAGGGUGCUUCAACUCCGAAGAGGCAGGCUGUUGAAACAAAUAUGGUAUCACUGAAAUCAUUGAGCCCCAGCGGAGUAUCUGCUUUGUCUCGAGAGGGUUCAGUUAAGAACUUAGACAAGGGGAAAGUGAGGCCAUCUCCUCCAAUUUCUCUUGGCAAUCAUUCUGGUAAUGAUAUGCCAGAAACUGUAUGCUCUCCUACUUCUGGUCCACGGCUGCAAACACCAAAGGGUGCCUUAUUGAAAUCCAAUUCAUUCAAUAUCGUAAAUUCCAAACCCAAAGUGAAGCUUGUAGAUGAAAUUGUUCUUCAGAAACAGAAAAGUGCUAGAGAACAUGCAUCCCUUGAUAGCAAGGAGGAACCUGCUAGAAUGAUGGGUAAAUCAAUGUCAUUUAAAUUCAGUAAAUUCAGAUGGUUAGAUGCUGGGGAAUCAAAAUUUAAAAUGCUAUCAUCUAAAUAUCUUCAUGCUCAAGAUCUGAAAGGAUUAAAACAAGUUAAAGAGCGGAUAUCCUUAGAAAGGAAAAACUUCUCAAAAUUGGAUCGCUCUAGUUCUACUGUUUCUACACCUAAGGUUGAUCAGAAAUUGACACCUAGUGCUGAUACAAUUUCUCCUUCAUCUGCAACCAACAACCGAGAAACUAAGGUUGCUCGGUCUGAUGGAAAACCAAGUACUUUAUCAAGAUCAGCCAGCAAUCUAGCUCGUAAAGCUGUUGGAGUUUCAUCCACCAAUGGGCGCAUUUCUUCUGAACAGAAGUUAAACCAAGUAAGCCUGAAGGAGGACCCCUCAUCAAGUUCUUCAUGGGCAGCUGAGAGGCAACCUAGUAACUUUAAUGGAGUUAUGUCAGAUGGGCUAUCUCGGUCACUAGAUUUAACAAAUCAGGGUGAGAAAUCUAGGGAGAGCGCUGUUAGUCACUCCUCUAUAAGUUUUCCAUGUUUAAAAUGCAAAGAAACGGGUCAUUCAGCUGAAUAUUGCUCAGUCUCUCAGUCUUCUGGUGCUGAUAUUUUUGCUUCAAGAAGUUCUAGGGAGGAGAUAAAUAAAGGCAAUAAAUUGAAAGCUGCAAUUGAGGCAGCUAAACGUUUGAAGCCUGGAAUAUGUGAAAGAACUUCUCAAGAGCCAGCAUCAGUUUCCAAUAUGGCAAAGAAUAUGAUUUCUGUUGAAGGUACACAUGAAGUGCAAACAAAUCGUUGUAAUCAGGCUUCCAUUGGUAAUAUGAAGCUGCUUAAUUCACAUUCCACUGAUGCUGUCUCUGUAGUUGCUUCUGUUGGCAAUCCUUCUGUGAGAGAUUUCACUGUUCCUCCUUUAGCCACAGAGUCUGCUGUCUUGAAGAUGUCAGCCAUCCCAGAACAUGAACACAUCUGGCAGGGGGCUUUUGAUGUGCAUAAAGACGGAAAACCUCCUGAGUUUUGUGGUGGAAUUCAAGCCCACCUCUCAACCCUUGCAUCACCUAAAGUGCCUGAAGUUGUCAAAACCUUUCCACACAAAGUUUCCUUGAAUGAAGUACCUCGCUUGAGCACUUGGCCAACACAGUUUCAUGACACUGGUCCUAAAGAAGAUAAUAUUGCUCUAUACUUCUUUGCCAAGGACCUUGAAAGUUAUGAGAAGAACUACAAGAUUCUUUUGGAUACCAUGGUCAAGAAUGAUUUUGCCCUCAAAGGAAAUUUUGAAGGUGUUGAACUUAUGAUUUUCCCAUCCAACCAACUUCCUGAACAUUGCCAGCGGUGGAAUACCUUAUUAUUCCUCUGGGGUGUUUUCAAAGGAAGAAGAGCAAACUGUUCAAAUUCCUCAAAGAGUGCAUGCAUUCCUGAUGCAAGUGUGGCAUGUUUGGAGAGAGAGCUAUCUGCUGAUAUUCCUCAGCUGGUAGACAAUGAAUCAACCACAUGUAACAAUUCAUGCAAUGUAGUCCCAGUAACCAUUGCUGUUGGAAAGACAUGUAUCUCAACUGAUAGAGUUGGUGAUAAUAAGGUCUCUUCUUUUGAGCAGACAUAUGUGGGAAUAAAAGAAAAAUUGGAGCAAGAUGGCAAAAUUGACACCAAUUUUUUGUCGAGAAUUUUAACAAGCUGCACAAAGGUGCAUCCAGAAAUGAAAUGUACCAGUCCUCUGGAAGAGAGGAGAGUUCCAGAUUGUGGAUUCGACACAGAGCUCAAACCUUGCCUUCAAGCUACUGAAACCAACAGUGGUUCUUUUAAAGUUGAGAAAGAGGAAGUUCUUCUAGAAGAAGAUUAUCCAUCUUUAAAAGAUCACCCUACUGGAAAACAAGAGGCGGUUGUUGUGGGGAAGAUUGAUGGAAAUUCUAUUAAAAUGAGGAAUUCCAAGGAUGAUGGUUAUGCUGAUGGAAAAACUUCUUCAAAGAGAGAUCUUAACUGUUGGCAGUCAAAUCAUCGGAAACGCCCAUACAUAGAUCUUACAGAAACAGUUUCAGAAAUUUCUACCGAUACAAGUCAAAAAAUGCCAUGGUGUGAGGUGAAGAGAAUUUCUGUAGAUGGAGGAAGUGAUAAUAAAAAGCUGAAUACAUGUUUCAGUGGAAUAUACCAAUAUAGCAGUGCUAGAGAUCAAGGUCCUUUUAGUGAUAGUUUAGCAUCAGAUAGACAUGAUCUGGGUUCCAGCUCUUCUGUUGAAGAGAAGAGAUGUGACAUUGCUUGUGAAGAAAAAGUUAUCCCUGAGGACAUGGGAAGUAGUGAAAUGUUCUUCUUUCCGGUGGAUUCACAUCGUGCAGGGGAAUUUCGGUUGGAGGACAACUCUAAAUCAUUGAAGGAGCUGUAUGUAAAAGAUGAGGACCGAGUUCAUGAUGCCUCUCCCAAUCUUGAGCUUGCUUUGGGGGCUGAGACGAGAACACCAAACAAGAAAAUCCUACCUUUCUUCGUCGGAAUGGUAGACAAAAAUGACAACCAUGACAGGGCCCAAAAUAAGGUAACAGGAAAGCAAGAGGAGGAUGAUGUAUCUGCCUCCCUUUCCCUUUCCCUCUCAUUCCCUUUUCCAGAGAAGGAACGUAAUGUGAAGUCUGUUUCUCAAAAAGAGCAGCUCUUGCCCGAAAGGCAUUCUUUAAAUACUUCACUGCUACUGUUUGGGGGCUUCCCUGACGAAUAGGGGUCCUUGGUUGUUUAUACAUUACUGUGCCCUUCAUGAAUGUGGUCACUAGCUCUCAUGUGCAAUUGGACUUCAAUGGGGGCCUUGUGGGCUAACCCGCAUUCCAUUUGUUCAUAACACAUACAGAACUUAGCAACAACUUUUAUCUUUUGUUUCGUCUUUUUUUUUGAGUGCAUAGACAUAGUUACGGCUGUUUGUAUAUAAAGAGAGUGGAAGCCGGCCUGCUUACAAGAAAUUUGCAAACCAUCCUUUGAUCUAUCAUAAUUUUGUUUUUAA